UUCAUUAGGGCCGGGGCUGAGGAGUGCCGGUGGUGUUCCUCCGGGGCUUCAGGAUGGCGCAGGAGUUGGUGUUGAGCCAGCUGGGGCCGGGGCGGGUGGUGGUCUUCGUCAAGCCCACCUGCCCCUACUGCCGCCGGGCCCGGGACCUGCUGCUCCGCUACCGCUUCAAGCCGGCCGGCCUCCGCUUCGUCGACAUCACCGCCCACCCCCACCCGGACGCCCUCCAGGAUUACCUGCUGCGGCUCACCGGGGCCAGGACGGUUCCUCGGGUCUUUAUCGGCACACGGUGUAUUGGUGGAUGCUCUGAGCUUACCUCUCUGGACCAAAGUGGAGAGCUUUUGCCUCAGCUACAACAAAUUGGGGCUCUACAAGAAUAGCAGCGUCCAGUGAGCCAAAGCUGAUGUGAGUCUCCCUCCCUCUGAAUUUAGAAUCUUGGAAGAUGAAUUUGCCAAAAGCGUGUAACUAAGGCCUGGACUUGGAUUUGGCCACUCCAUCUAUCCAGCAAGAACUUAACUUCCUACUCUAAGAGAACCUUUACCUGAUUGUGUGCAAGUCAUGGACCUUGACUUGUUUCCAGAAAACAUGUGUUUUGAACUAAUGCAUGUUCUGUCCAGCCAGGAUUGCUCUGUGUGGGGUAUGGAUGUGUGCUCUCCCUAUAGACCUUAUCUGUUAGAGCAAAACUUCCCCUGUAUCUCCAUGAAGUGAAGGUCUCUCGUUCUCCUGAAUUGUAUUUUUCAAGAGCUGUAAAACUGUCAUCAGCCCCAGGGAGAGCUGGGUCAAAUUAAUCCUAGUCUUGGACUGCCCAAAUUCCUGCCUGGACUCUCCCCAGGGGCCAGACUGACUCUUCAUAUAAGCUGAUCUUUGGGGUCUUGUUUGGUUACAUUUUCUGUAUUCUGCAGCUUGAUUCUGAGAUGUAUUCUUUUUUGUAAACUUGAAUGUGUCUGUGUGUCUCUCCCCAUCUCCCCUUAUAUGUCUUCUCUAAUAUCUUCCCUCUGUCCUCAUUUAGUUAAUGAUCACCCCUGUCAUUGUGGUGCUGUAUCUUUGGAAAAUAAACUUUCACAUAUCUAAAGCUUU